GCUGAAUGAUUGUGAAGCAGUGAUGGGUAUUUAUGGAAGAGGUUCCCACUGGACACUGAUUAUUGCUGAUAUGAUGUCUUCCACUUUGUUUUUCUUUAAUCCGUCAAUGGAGAGGGAAGAAGAGAUGCAGAAUAUUCUAUUAAGCUGGAAGAACUUUAUUACAAGAUACAAAACUCGCUGGCCUGGUGCUGAUGACAUUUCAGAUGACUGGAGUAUUAAUACGAGACCACAUACAAUACAGUCAGAUAGUUUCAACUGUGGUGUGUAUUGCAUGAUGUUUGCAGAAAGACACCUACUAUCUAUGAACAUGACUGGUAUUGACAACACAGAUCUUACAAAAAUGAGGAAGUCCGUUGCAAGUAGAAUCAUGUUAUUUGAACAUUACCUAACAGACUGUUGCCCAAAGUGCGGCUUUGUAAUAGAAGAUGAUGAUAAAAUGCAGUGUAGUAAAUGCCAUAGAUGGUACCACUUUAAACCAUACUGCCUUGCUGAUGAUGUCGCAGAUAUGAAUGAUGGUGAAGAAUUUGUCUGCAGGUUGUGUAAAGUUGAUUUUUGGCCGAAUAACCAACUGUCAGUGUCAGCUUUAAAGACAGAAGAAAAGGGUAUUGUGUGGACAAGCAGACAGGAGGUUAUGGAAAAACUGCAGCAGUCGACGAAGUUGGACACAGAUGUUAUUGUCAUUGAUCAGGACACUUGGAAAAUGGACACUGAUGUCUAUAUUGAAAAAGGAUUAAAGAGGAAACGUGGUCUACGUGGUCUACGCCAAAAAGAGUUCUUGAAACAUCCAAGGACAUCUUUUGUCUAUGCACCACUUAAACAGCAGAAGAAAACCUUCCAGCCUACAAAGUCUGCUUGUGAAGAUGGUGGUGACAAUUCAUCUGUGUUUAAAUUUAUCAUUCCAGAUUACAUACACCAGAGCUACAGUGAUGAUGAUGAUGAUGAUGUGUGUAUAGAAGAUGGUUUCUUCAUAAAUUCACAAACUGCAAUACAUCAUAUGACAUUUGCAGUAUCAAGGCUGCAGUGUAUUGUUGCAGUUACUGAGAAACAGAGAGAAGAACCUUGGUUGAAAAGCCACUACAGAUUUUUGAAGGGUCAGAGCAAUGCAUUACAUGGAUAUGGAUUUGUAGUAUUUAGUCCACCAGCAAUAGAAACUAUACGAUAUAAUGUUAAGAAGAUUUUCUACAAAAAUGCUUCAGGACAUGUAUAUACAACUGCUGGUCAGGUGGAAGGCAUGAAAGAUCAGAAGGCAAAAGACCUAUUUGCUAAGGAUGUUUUCCUAGCUGCAGAGUACAUUGAGCAGGUACUGGUAAAAGAAGCAUUGCUUGCAGUCUUCCAGUCAUACACUGGUUGCCAGUACCAGGAAGCUGACGCCGAGUGUUUGUUGGUGGUGAAUAAAUCACAAAGAAAAGCAACUGUUGAUGCAAUUAAUCUCUGUAGUAAAAAGAAGGAAGAACUGGAAAAGCGAUUCCUUUGAAAAUUUGUUAGUAACGGCACUACAAGACUGUCUUAUAUUUUGAACUAAAAGUAUAGUAUAGUAGAAGAAAAGUCAAGCUAUUGUUAGAAUUUUAGAUAUUCGACAAUAUUAAAUGUGCAGCAUGCAUUUUUAGCUCACCUAAGCGAAAUGCCCUGAUCUCUUGAUGUCCGUCUACAAUUUCUAAAGAACUAAAAUUCAAGGAUAAUCUGUACAAGUCUUCUGAAAAACUGUUAGCAUGGUUUUAAAAAUAUAUAUUUUAGAAAUGAUCUCAAGGUGGCCGUCUACCAAAAUUGCAUCAGAUGUCCAGUACAAAAAUGUGACCAUCAGGGGUGGAGCUUUUUUUUCAACCCAACAGCUGUAUUGUUAAUUUAAAAAAUGAGAAAUGAUCAUUUGGUAGCUAAUGACUAUGCUAUGAACUGUGUUGUUCUGCAUAGUUGCAAAAUAGUUUCAUCAUAUUACCAUAAUUUUAUACGCUCGUUUGAAAAACAGGAAGUAUUAUGGGAACACCCCUGGUCGGCGGUUGGGCUGGAGUCCACAGAAUUUGUCCGGAGCAUAUCUUCCUCAGGCAUGGAGGAUUUUGAUAAAACUUGGCACAGUUGUUCAUCAUUAUGAAACGGAGCAAGAACCAGGUCCCUAGGUGUAAGGUCAAGGUCACAUUUAGAGGUCAAAGGUCAAAUUCAAGAAUGACUGUCCAGAGCAUUAUCUUCUUCAUGCAUGGAGGGAUUUUGAUGUAACUUGGCACAAUUGUACACCAUCAUGAGACGAAGUGUCAUGGGCAGGUCCCAGCUUUAGAAUUACUUCCCUUUGUUGUUACUAUAAAUAGCUUGUUCACCAUUAUGAGACGGAGUGUCAUGCACAAGAACCAGGUCCCUAGGUCUAAGGUCAAGGUCACACUUAGAGGUCAAAGGAUACAAGAAUGAAAACUUUGUCCGUAGCAUUUCUUCUUCAUGCAUGGAGAGAUUUUGAUAUAACCUGGCACAAAUAAUCACCACCAUGAAACUGAGUGUCAUGCGCAAGAACCAGGUCAAGGUCACACUUAGAGGCCAAAGGUACAAGAAUGACUGUCUGAAGCAUUUCUUCUUCAUGCAUGGAAGGAUUUUGAUGUAACUUGGCACAAUUGUACACGAUCAUGAGACGAAGUGUCAUGCACAGGUCCCUACUUUAGAAUUACUUCCCCUUGUUACUAUAAAUAGUUUAAAUUGUAAUUUUUUCAUUACUAGUUGUAGGGAAAAAUGGAGACCACUUUUCUGUAGUAUAACAUGCAUGUUACAUCCAAUUUUGUGGUGUAUUUUUACCAAUCUCUACCUGGUAAGGAUUUUUGUGAGGACUUGCAAAUUUAUUUAUUUUUUUCUUUAAGAUUAACUUCCCUUAGUUGUUACUAUAAAUAACUUAUAUUGUAACUUUUUUUAUAAUUGACCAUGUGGAAAAACCAAGACCACUUUUCUGUGGUACAACAUAGAUAUGCAACAUCAUUAAAAUCAUAAUUAUGCAGUGUAAUUAUGUAAUGCCUAACUUAUCUUAUUUAAAGAUAAAUGUUUGUGCAAAACAAGAAUGGCACAACAGUUCCUGCAUUAUUUGUCUUUUUAAUCUUUCAUUUUUGCUUUUAAGACAAAUAUUUCAUGGAUUUCCUUAUGAAUAAUGAGAUAAUACUUUAACAUUUUCAUUAUGUGGUCUAAUAUUUUCGACUUUCGAGAUUAGGUCAUUAUUAAAGUGAAUAUGUUAGAGCUAAAUGAAAAACGAAACUUACUUCAUGCAGUUAUAGUAGUUAAAUAUUUAUGGACUAUUCAAAACAUUCAAUAUCGUUUCAAAGUCGGCAUCAUUGUGGACACAGUGCUUUCAAUAAGUUUGUAAUGGUCAGUAUUUAUCAAGUGUUUUUGUAUAAAACUGUAGUAGUUUCUUCUUUUUAGGGGUUGCUGCUGAUGUAUUUAUUUACAUUCUGUGUUUCACUUAGAAUACCCUGUAAUGCAGUAUCCAAAAGGACAAUAAUGAAAGUUCAUUCUUCAUUGAUACAUGAAUGAAAAUUUAGUAAAAUAUAUUUUACACACAUUUACUUAAUAUGAAAGAAAAUAGUUGUAUAUUGAAAGCUAAUACAUGUAAUAUGUUUUACACUAUUAUUGUUGUUUUUGUAUAUUUAAAAUGAAAUCAUUGAUUAGCUCUUAAACAUUCAAUAUUAGCUAUUAUAAAUUGCCAUUUAUCUCAAUGUAAAUUGCUUUUACACUUUAUCGUUUCUCAUUUCUUUUGUGAUUAAUAGAUAUGUUUUGUCUAUGUAUUAUAUCUUAGUAUAAUUUUUAUUAUGAUGUGAAUUGUAUGCUUCUCAUCUGGAUGGAAUAAAAGAUCUCUCUCUCUCUGUAUUAUAUCUUAGUAUAAUUUUUAUUAUGAUGUGAAUUGUAUGCUUCUCAUCUUGUUGGAAUAAAAGACUCUCUCUCUCUCUCUCUCUCUCUCUUUUCUCUCUCUUUUAUUAGCUCACCUGAACCAAAGGCUCAUGGUGAGCUUUUGUGACCGCUCAAAGUGCGUCAUCCGUCUGUUAACAUUUUCUAAAAAAAAUCUUACUGAAAACCACUGGGCAGAAUUAAACCAAACUUCACAGAUAUGAUCAUUGGAUGGCCCCCCUUUCAAAAUUAUUCAAAGAAUUGAAUUCCAUGCAGAACUCUGGUUGCCAUGGCAUCUGGAAGGAAAAACUUUAAAAUUCUUCUUGUCCAAACCCGCAAGGCGUAAAGCCGUAACAUCAUGAUCUAAUGGUCCUCUAGUAAGAUUGUUCAAAUUAUAACCCUGGGGUGAAAAGAGGUCCUGGCCCGGGGGGUCUCAAGUUUUACAAAAAUCUUGUCUGAAAGUUCAGAGCCUAGGUCUUUGAUAUUGGGUAUGUAGCAUUGCCUAGUGGAUCUUGUACAAGAUUGUUCAGAUUAUGUCCCUGGGGUGAAAAUAGGCCCCGCCCUGGGGGUUACUUGUUAUACGAGUUAUAUAGGAAUAAAUACUUCAAAAAUUAUCAAAUCCUAUUUCCUGAGUGCUUAAUCAUAAUUACCUGAUGACCCCAACUGAAUAGGGUUCACCUGACUGUGACCUUGACCUACUUCGUUGUUCUUUUAAGAUACAGCCUUGAAGUUUGGAUGACAUGUACAGUUUUUCACACCAGUCUUAAAACUGACUUUCAGUGACUAUGAAUUUGACCUACAGGCCUACUUUCUAAUAUUUUAGCAUCAGUUUGCCAUUGUAAACAUGUGGCUCAUAUAACUUAGGUGGGCGAUUCAGGGUCAUCAUGACCCUCUUGUAUUUAAAUAGACCUUAGCCUUGGUCAACUCUUCAAAUAGUUUUCAAGGGCAAAAGAUGAUCAGUGUCUAUGGAAGUUCAGUGUAUUAUGAUAGUUACUGAAGAAGGUGAAAAGAUGACCUAGCUUUGAUGAAAACAUUGUAGCUGCUUUUGUUCUAUGAUAAAAAUGCCUUCUCGAAAAUGAUUAAUCUGAUUGUUUUAUAAUUUUUACAUUUGAUAAGUUUUUACAUUGACUUGAACUUUGCUUUAAACAUUCGUUUGUUCUGAAAAAAAACUGCUUUCCAGUAUACCUGAUCAAUUUUGCUCAUCUCUCUGUCUCGGUAUUGAAAUGUGAGCAAUGGUUAUUGUAAUCUCAGUAAUUUCUUUUUAUAAACAUGUAUGUAUCAUACUAAUUUUUGGUGAUCAAAUUUGCAAUAACAUGCAUAUGGCCAGACAUACUUUAGAAAAUUUAUCACUGAAUAUGUUUUGUUUUUAGCUCACCUGUCACAUAGUGACAAGGUGAGCUUUUCUGAUCACCCAUCGUCCGUGCUUCCGUCAACAAUUUCUUGUCUGCACGAUAGUGGUUUCAUUCAUGAUUUUAUUUUAACCAAACUUGCACACAACUUGUAUCACCAUAAGAUCUCGGUUCCUUUCUUGAACUGGCCAGAUCCCAUUAUGGGUUCCAGAGUUAUGGCCCCUGAAAGGGCCGAAAUUAGCUAUUUUGACCUUGUCAUGAUUUGAUUUUUACCAAACUUGCACAAAACUUGUAUCACCGCAAGAUCUUGGUUCCUUUCUUGAACUGGCCAGAUUCCAUUAUUGGUUCCAGAGUUAUGGGACUUGAAAGGGACAGACUUACCUAUUUUGACCUUGUCUGCACAAUAGCAGCUUCAUUUAUGAUUUAAAUUUAAUCAGACUUGCACAAAACUUGUGUCACCAUAAGAUCUUGUUUCCUUUCUUGAACUGGACAGAUCCCGUUAUGGGUUCCAGAGUUAUGGCCCCUGAAAGGGCCAAAAUUAGCUAUUUUGACCUUGUCUGCAGAAGAGCAGCUUCAUUUAUAAUUUUAUUUUAACCAAACUUGCACACAACUUGUAUCACCAUAAGAUCUUGGUUCAUUUCUUGAACUGACCAGAUUCCGUUAUGGGUUCCAGAGUUAUGGCCCCUGAAAGGGCCAAAAUCAGCUAUUUUGACCUUGUCUGCAGAAGAGCAGCUUCAUUUAUAAUUUUAUUUUAACCAAACUUGCACACAACUUGUAUCACCAUAAGAUCUUGGUUCAUUUCUUGAACUGGCCAGAUUCCAUUAUGGGUUCCAGAGUUAUGGCCCCUGAAAGGGCCAAAAUUAGCUAUUUUGACCUUGUCUGCACAAUAGCGGCUUCAUUUAUGAUUUGGAUUUAACCAAACUUGCACAAAACUUGUGUCACCAUAAGAUCUUGGUUCUUUUUUUGAACUGGGCAGAUGCCAUUAUGGGUUCCAGAGUUAUGGCCCCUGAAAGGGCCAAAAUUAGCUAUUUUGACUUUGUUUGCAUAAUAGCAGCUUUAUUUAUGAUUUGAUUUUAACCAAACUUGCACACAACUUGUAUCACCACAAGAUCUUUGUUCCUCUCUAGAACUGGCCAGAUUCCAUCAUGGAUUCCAGAGUUAUAGCCCCUUAAAUGUCCAAAAUUGGCUAUUUUGGCUUUUGCAGCCAUAUAGAGACUUCAUUUAUGGUUUGAUUUGAUACAAACUUCCAAAAUAUCUUCAACAACAAUAAAUUUUGGAUUCCAUGAUUAACCUGCCAGAUCCAAUCGUAGGUUCCAGAGUUAUUUUAUAUCUUAUUACCUCCCCUGAUUGUAAUCAAAAUGGAUGUAUACCAGUAAGUACUUAUAGGACUUAUUUGAAAUUUCAUUAUUGUCCUAAGUUGGACUGAGACAAUCAGGGUAGAUAACUAUGGACUGAUUUUAUGUCAAACUACCUCCCUUUAUUUCAAAUUAAAAUGGGUAUAUCACUAAUGAAGAUGCUGAUCUGAAAUUUCAUUUAUGUCAACAGAUGGACUUGGAAAUCAGUGAAGACACAUUGACUGAAUUUAUGACAGAUUACCUCUUUUAUUAUUUAUCUAAAUGAAUACACUUAGCAGCUUCUAAUGAGACUGGUUUGAAACGAUCAUAUCAUUUUGAGCAAUAGUACUCAGGUGAGCGACACAGGGCCAUCAUGGCCCUCUUGUUAUUAUAUUUCAUUGCAGCGUUCAUGUGUUAAAAGAAAUUGUCUAUAACAAGAAAAACAUUAUUAAACAUAUUUACAGGCAGAA